GUGUCGUUACUCUUUAUCAGUCUCCUUAUUUAUUCAUUAAUGUAUUGUAUUUGGAAAGAAUUGCAUAAACGGGAUUGAUAGAUAUUAGUAUUAUAGAUACUUUCUAAGUUAUAUAUUAAUACACAUUUGUUGUAUCUGUUCAGAAGAAUGAAUUAAGUAACAUAAACAAAACCUGAUAAUAAUAAACAAGACGCACGUGACGACCGCAUCAGCUGAUCGUCAAGGUUGGCCUCAGUGCAGACAACAGGAAGUUAUUUUUGUCCCAUUUAGUGACUUCUCGAAUAUGUCCUCUGGGUCAUUCCACUGUGGAUGGUAGGAGAGAGAACAUGGCUUCGGAGAAUUCAGAGAGGAUUACUGUGACUUCCGAAAUAUUUGAUUUCUUCAAGAAAGAGGCGAUUGAUGGCUCCCCGGGAGCUGUGUUAUCAAGGUAUGAAUUUGUGUACCCUGCCUAUAUAACAUCAGGUGAGGACAAUAAGAAAAUGAAAGUCCAGGGUCUUCCAGUCACCAAAAAGGACAACCACAAUAAGAAAGAAGGUGUUGUACUCAUAGAACAACAGAGUGCCACAACUUUAGACUUGGUCGGAGAACAGGUUUGGCGCGGAGCUCUCCUUCUUGCAGACUUCAUCCUCCACCAUCCCGAGAUCUUCAAGAAUGCGAAUAUCCUGGAACUGGCUUCUGGGGUUGGAUUAACAUCUAUCGUUGCCAGCAUGAUUGCGAAGAAAGUGUUGAUUACAGAUGUGGACCGUGGGGAUAUUUUUUCUCUAAUUGAUCGCAAUUUCAAAAGAAAUAAAGCAUUGGUUAAAGCAGAAACCCUUGUGAAGGAAAUAGAUUUUGACAACCAUGCUACAAUAGAUGAAAACUCUGAGUCACUUAAAGACAUCUCUAUCAUCCUGGCUGCAGAUAUAAUAUAUCACAACCAGUUGACAGAUCUGUUCUUCAAGACCGUAUUGAGAUUGAUGAGUGAUCCACCUAACAAGAUAUUAUAUGUGGCACAGGAGAAAAGAUACAUUUUUUCAUUUGCACUUUGCUAUGAAUAUUUCCUUGACCGCAUAGAGUGGCUGCGUUCUCAGAAUUUGUCAACAAUCAAGUGGACUAUAGAAGAAGUCCCGAUCGAUUUCAAGCAAUACUUCAUCUAUGAAAAGUCAGAGAAUCUAGUUCUCUGGAAAAUUAGUGCUGAGUUAAAGUGAUAUGUAGGAAUGAAUAUCUCUCAUGUUACAAUUAAGUGUUAUGUACAUAGAUAUUCAAAAUUGUAUUUUAGGCAACGAGGUUCUAGAUAUAUGCAAUGAGAAUGGAAAUGAGAUUUGAUAUAUUUUUCCUCUUUGUACAAACUAGUGAUGGCCAUUUACUGUGAAACCUUUAAGAGUUAAAUAACUCACCACUGUAUGCAAAGUAUUUGACUGUGAAAGGAUAUCUGUCUUAUAAUGAAGUUAUUUCUCUAUUUUUCUCCUAAAAAGUCAUGAAACUGAAAAAAGAAGAAAAAACACAAGAUCAAAAGAAAAUGGUGUUUCUGCCUUCCCUUUUUGCUGUGAAACUGCAUCUCAUCAUCAACAGUACUCUCCAGGCCUAGAGAACUCUUGAUUAAAUAUUGUAAAGGAAAUAAAAAUAAACAGCACAAAAAUGCCAGGCCACAUCAUAUACUUUGUGGAUGUCACUGCAUGUCAAAAGCAAGAUUAUGUCCAUGAACUACAAGGGUAAGCCUGGGACAAGCAAAAUGUGGAUGCAAAAGUGAAUUUAAUACAGAGCUCAGAGUAUGUCUUCCAAGAAUUUCAUAUCAUAACUUCCUGUAAAAAAGAACAUCUGUUGUUUCAGUAAAUCAUCAAAGGCCUGAAAGCAAUAGUGAUACCUUAUGAAUGAAUGCUUUGCAUUACAUCUCAUACUUUGAGAUAAAGUAAAAUAAAAACAUAGGAUCAUUUUAUAUUAAAUGAUGUACAAAAGUCAUGCAUACAUAAUGUCAAAACUUGUAAUGUAUUAUUGUAAUAUAAUGUUACCACCA